AUGGGUCCACGGCCAGUAUCGGUAGAAGCUCUUCUCAGCAAUGGAUCCAGCACGGAAACAUCCAAACCUCGAUUUCUAGGCAAGCUGGAAAGAGCACGACUCGCAAAACUCAAGCUAGAGCAACAGGAAAAGAAGAAGCGAUUGGAGACAUUGGCAAAGAGACGGCCACUUGGGGACAAAAUCGACCACGAAGAGGAGCAAGAAACGAACCAAUCGCAGAACCAGAGGAAGAAGGCAAAAAAAGCGGCUCAUCGCUUCAAUUUUGACUGGAAAGAAGACGAAGACACCUCAGCCAACUACGAACCGUUGUUGGAGGUUUCCCAACCUGAAAACGAGCUUGAGCUUGAUCUUGUGCUGGAGAAGCACUGGUCAGCCAAAGAAUUAGAGGAAAUGACGGCUCGUGACUGGAGAAUCUUCCGUGAAGACUACAACAUCACCUCCAAGGGAGGCGAUAUCGACCAUCCGUUGCGGGACUGGAACGAGGCCAAAAUCCCUGCAAAACUCACCAAUACCAUCGUAAAAACGUUGGGCUACCAGUAUCCAACACCCAUCCAACGUGCGGCUAUCCCUGUGGCCCUCAACCACAGAGAUAUCGUGGGAAUCGCAGAGACAGGCUCGGGUAAAACGUUGGCUUUCUUGAUCCCGUUGUUAGCAUACAUUCUCUCAAUCGACCCGAACUACCUCGAGUACGAGCACCAGCAGGACAGCAACUACAACCAGCCGUUGGGAUUAAUUUUGGCACCUACAAGAGAAUUGGCACUCCAGAUCACCAAAGAGGCCCAGAAGUUCUGUGUCCAUUUGGGCCUCAACGUCGUCAGUAUCAUCGGAGGCCACCAGUACGAAGAGACAGUCCAUUCUGUCCAGAACGGUGUCCACAUUGUGGUAGGUACUCCUGGAAGAUUGGUGGACUCCAUCGAAAGAAACAUCAUCGGAUUGAAACGGUGCUAUUAUCUUAUUAUGGACGAGGCCGACAGAAUGAUCGAUAUGGGGUUCGAAAAGCCGCUCCAGUCCAUCAUGGAUGCAUUACCUAGUACUGAGCACUUGAACAGCACUAUAGACUCGAGAAUCUUCUACUUGAAGAAGAGAGUAACCCUCAUGUUCACAGCAACCAUCUCUCCUCCAAUCGAGAAGAUUACAAAGAGCUACCUCACAAAGCCAGGGUAUCUAUCUAUCGGCAGUGCGGGUGAAGCUGUCGACAACAUCGAGCAAGAAUUCGAGUACUUGGGAUCCUCUGAGGUGGACGACAGCGACGACAACCCCAGAUUCGAUAAGUUGGCCAAGCUUAUCAAAAAGCACGAUAGAGAUUUUGCCGGAAAUUAUUCAGUUAUUGUGUUUGCAAACUUCAAAAAGGUAUGUGACACGUUAGCUUACAAACUAGGUCUCCAAGGCUACAAGGACAGCGUGGUUUUGCAUGGUUCCAAAUCGCAAGAAGCCCGUGAGCAGUCUAUCGAAAGCUUCAGGACAAAAAAGGCUAGAAUAUUGAUCGCCACAGACGUUGCUGCUAGAGGUAUAGAUAUUCCCAACGUCACAUUGGUAGUGAACUUCCAGAUGCCCAACAAAUUCGACGAAUAUGUGCACAGAAUCGGAAGAACAGGUAGAGCUGGAAAUGCUGGUCUUAGUUACUCUUUUGUGGACGAUUCCAAUUCCGAUUUAUUGGUGGAUUUGAAGAAGUUUCUAGUCAGGGGUAGGAAGAAGUGUCCCGACUGGUUGGUGAAGCACUCGUCCACCCAGAACCAAGUCUUGAGGGACUAG